UUGGCCGGCGGCCGUAGGAACACGCUGUGUGGGAGAGAAGUGAAAGGAAGAACUGACUCAGACUCUGACCUCUCCUCCGCAAGGGAAUCGUUUUCUCCAGAAGAGCUGGAUAUUCUUACUUAGAAUUAUGGCAGAUAAAUUAGCGAGAACUGCUAUUGUCAAUCAUGACAAAUGUAAACCUAAGAAAUGUCGGCAAGAGUGCAAAAAGAGUUGCCCUGUGGUUCGAAUGGGAAACUUAUACAUAGAGGUUACACCCCAGAGCAAAAUAGCAUGGAUUUCUGAAACUCUUUGUAUUGGUAGUGGUAUUUGUAUUAAGAAAUGUCCCUUUGGCGCCUUAUCAAUUGUCAAUUUACCAAGUAACUUGGAAAAAGAAACAACACAUCGAUAUUGUGCCAAUGCCUUCAAACUUCACAGGUUGCCUAUCCCUCAUCCAGGUGAAGUUUUAGGAUUAGUUGGAACUAAUGGAAUUGGAAAGUCAACUGCUUUAAAAAUUUUAGCAGAACAAAAGCCAAACCUUGGAAAGUAUGACGAUCCACCUGAUUGGCAGGAAAUUUUGACUUACUUCCGUGGAUCUGAAUUGGAAAAUUACUUUACCAAGAUUCUUCUAGAAGAUGACCUAAAAGCCAUUAUCAAACCUCAGUAUGUAGACCAGAUUCCCAAGGCUGCAAAGGGGACAGUGGGGUCUAUUUUAGACCUAAAGGAUGAAACAAAGACACAAGCAAUUGUAUGUCAACAGCUUGAUUUAACCCAUCUAAAAGACCGAAAUGUUGAAGAUCUUUCAGGAGGAGAGUUGCAGAGGUUUGCUUGUGCUGUUGUUUGCAUACAGAAGGCUGAUAUUUUCAUGUUUGAUGAACCUUCUAGUUACCUAGAUGUCAAGCAGGAUUUAAAGGCUGCUAUCACUACACGAUCUCUCAUAAAUCCAGAUAGAUAUAUCAAUGUGGUGGAGCAUGAUCUAAGUGUGUUAGACUAUCUCUCAGACUUCAUCUGCUGUUUAUAUGGCGUACCAAGUGCUUACGGUGUUGUCAAAAUGCCUUUUAGUGUAAGAGAAGGCAUAAACAUUUUUUUGGAUGGCUACGUUCCAAGAGAAAACUUGAGAUUCAGAGAUGCAUCACUUGUUUUUAAAGUGGCUGAGACAGCAAAUGAAGAAGUAAAAAAGAUGUGUAUGUAUAAAUAUCCUGGAAUGAAGAAGAAGAUGGGAGAGUUUGAGCUAGCAAUUGUAGCUGGAUAGUUUACAGAUUCUGAAAUCAUGGUAAUGUUGGGGGAGAAUGGUACUGGUAAGACCACAUUUAUCAGAAUGCUUGCUGGAAGACUUAAGCCUGAUGAAGGAGGAGAAGUACCAGUUCUAAAUGUCAGUUAUAAGCCACAGAAAAUCAGUCCCAAAUCAACUGGAAGUGUUCGACUAGUGAGGAAAUCGAAUCAGUGA